CAGUCCGGCGCGGCCCCUUCGGCUCGGAGCUGACUCUGUGGUGGGCAGUGUCGUCUGGGCGGCGCUGCGGAGACCUCCACCCAGGACGGCUCCCCCUCCCCGGGCCGCUCACCUCUUACCCGCGAGUCCCCUCGCCUCGUGGGCUUGUCGGAUCUAAUAUCGUGGGGUGAGGUGAGAGCAGGCCCGGGGAGGGAGGUUACCGCUGAGAAGCCGCAGUCGCGGUCAAGAUGAUAGAGGUACUGACAACAACUGACUCUCAGAAACUGCUACACCAGCUGAAUGCCCUGUUGGAACAGGAGUCGAGAUGUCAGCCAAAGGUCUGCGGCUUGAGACUAAUCGAAUCUGCACACGAUAAUGGCCUCAGAAUGACUGCAAGGCUAAGGGACUUUGAAGUAAAAGAUCUUCUUAGUCUAACUCAGUUCUUUGGCUUCGACACGGAGACAUUUUCUCUAGCUGUGAAUUUACUGGAUAGAUUCCUGUCCAAAAUGAAGGUACAGCCCAAACACCUUGGGUGUGUUGGGCUUAGCUGCUUCUAUUUGGCUGUAAAAUCAAUAGAAGAGGAAAGAAAUGUCCCAUUGGCAACUGACUUGAUUCGAAUAAGCCAGUACAGGUUCACGGUUUCAGACCUGAUGAGAAUGGAAAAGAUUGUAUUGGAGAAGGUGUGUUGGAAAGUCAAAGCUACUACUGCCUUUCAAUUUCUGCAACUCUACUAUUCACUCAUUCAAGAGAACUUGCCAAUUGAAAGGAAGAAUAGCCUUAAUUUUGAAAGACUAGAAGCUCAACUUAAGGCAUGCCACUGCAGGAUCAUAUUUUCUAAAGCAAAGCCUUCUGUGUUGGCAUUGUCUAUCAUUGCACUGGAGAUCCAAGCACAGAAGUGUGUAGAGUUAACAGAAGGAAUAGAAUGUCUUCAGACACAUUCCAAGAUAAAUGGCAGAGAUUUGACCUUCUGGCAAGAGCUUGUAUCGAAGUGUUUAACUGAAUAUUCAUCAAACAAGUGUUCCAAACCAAAUGUCCAGAAGUUGAAAUGGAUUGUUUCUGGACGUACUGCACGGCAGUUGAAGCAUAGCUACUACAGAAUAACCCACCUUCCAACAAUUCCUGAAAUGGUCCCUUAAUUAUUUGGAUUGUUACAACAACAAAAUACUCUGAAGCCUUUCUCCACAAUCCUGAGCUAUGGAUUCCAUAAUGUUAUAAUGGAUUUAAGCUGUGAAGCCUCAAACCAGCACAACGAGAUUAGCAUUGAUGUUCUCAGAUUUGGGAAAACUACCUAAUUAACAUGCUGUAGUGGAAUUAUAAUUAAAUUUGAAUUCAUCUGUGAGGCAUACAAAUCAAAGCUAAGAGUAUAAAUGUGAAAUGUUAAUAACAGGCCUGGGAAGGUAAACUGUGAAUCUUCAUUUCAAACAUUGAUCCAACUUUCUAGAUUGGGUCAGCAUAUUGUAUUUAGGUGGUAUUUAAAGUGGUAACCUAAUUAAAUACUAAAUUAUGAGGUAUACAUCAAACCCAACAUUUCACAAAUGCACUUUUAAAGCAUGACAAGGGUUACUAUUCUAGGCAGUGAAAAUGGUUUCUUGGUACCUGUUGUGCAAAUAAUAGAUAAUCCAGAGAUGUGGACUUUAUUACUACUUGGGAAUUACAUUUAAAUUUAAGGGCAUUUUAUAAAAGCAAAACUACAGACCUAGUCAUUUUGGCACAUUGGGUUAUCUUUAAUAUUUUUUCUAAAAAACAGGUAAUGUUUGUAUCCUUGACAAAACAGUAUCCACUGCCUCCAUCUAAUCCCAUCAAGAAAAACUGGUUUUAUUGUGUAAUUCAAAAUA